AUGAAACAAGUGGGUCGAUGUGGAAGACGCCGCAGAUCUGUUCGACAGAACAGAAUUCAGCAAGGAGUCUCACAGUCACACCAGCCAGUAUAUGUGAAGCUCCUGCAGUGGAUGAAGGAGAAUGUGGGUAACAGUCAGUGGAAGUCAAGUGUCUGGCAAUGCUUGGAGCCUGCCUACUUUAAAGAUACUGGAAGAGGGUUGAGAGCUAGAAAGAACAUUUACCCAGGGGAGACAAUCAUUUCUAUACCACAACAACUUCUGGUAACAGUUAGAACAGUUUUUGACAGUGAUAUAGGAGCUGUAAUAUUCAGGGAGAAAGAGAAGUGGACACCACAACAAUUAUUAACCAUAUUUUUGGUAAUUGAACGCCAUCGAGGAGACAUGUCGCCAUGGUUUCCUUAUAUCAAUUCACUACCAGACGAAUACAGCACACCUCUGUACUUCUCUGCCUCCGAAAUGGAAUUAAUGACUCCGUAUGUUCGCAGUUUGGCAGAGCUGACACAAGAGAGAUUCAGCAAGGCUUUUACAAAAAUUAGAACAUUUGUCAUGAACUGUGCUGCAUCUUACGAGCACAUGUUCAGGGAAUCAGAUGUUAGAUGGGCGUGGUCAACAGUUAACACACGAUCCGUCUACCUUCAGACUGAUCCUCACCCAGUGCUGAUCCUUGAUCCUGAGGAGAGCCAUCUGGCUCUGGCUCCAUUUUUGGACUUGCUUAAUCACAGCGAUUGCUCACAGAUGUCUGCAGGAAUUAAUGUGAAAUCUAAGACGUAUGACAUCAUAACCCAGGACACCUACAAGAAGAAUGAACAAGUGUUUAUAUGUUAUGGCUCGCAUGAUAACACCAAACUUCUCAUCAAUUAUGGGUUUGCCUUGCCAAACAAUGUCAGCAAUUCUUAUCUGUUUACUUUAG